AUGAUGGGCAAAAAAAAAGCAGGGGCGGCGCAGUCAGCCACCGUCUCGCAGGAAUGCGUGACGAAGUACAACGAACUCAAGCUUGGCAAGAACAUCAAGUACAUCAUCUUCAAGCUCUCAGACAACAACAAGGAGAUUGUGGUUGAGGAGGCCUCGGGCGAUUCCGACUAUGAGAAUUUCCGCAAAAAGCUCGUCGAAGCUACCGUCAAGUCGCCAAGCGGUGCUGUUGGCAAGGGCCCCCGUUACGCCGUCUACGACUUCCAUUACACCCUGGCUUCGGGUGAGGGUGAACGGAACAAGAUCACAUUUAUUGCCUGGUCUCCUGAUGACGCUGGUGUCAAGCCCAAGAUGAUCUACGCCGCAUCCAAGGACGCCCUAAAGCGCUCUCUAAACGGCAUCGCUCACGAACUGCAAGCCAACGACGCCGACGACAUCGAAUACGACUCUGUCCUGAAGGCCGUCAGCAAGGGCCUGGCUUAA